AGUACAUUAGCAGCCAUGCCCCCUUUAAGUUGCUAGUGUACACUCGAAUGAGGUCAGUCACGCCGUUUCUCAUUGCACGCGCCGCGGGGCCGACCGCCAAUCCGGUGGCGCGUGGGCGGAGCGGGGCCCUGGAAGCGUUGGAAACAGACGCGGUCUGGGCGAAAGGCGCCCGCCGAUUGGCUGGAACCCGGACACCUUUAACUCGACGUCACAAUGGCUGGGACUGGAUAAGAAGGCGAAUCGAGUUCGCGUCUGGUUUAAGCAGCAGACACAAGUUUUUUAUAUAACACAGUCUUCCCGCAUGGUCAGAGGGGGAAGGUUGUGCCAAAGUAUAUACACAUUUUAUUACAAGAAACCAGGUUCUUUUCUGCGAACGCGAGGAGCAGCUUGUAAAGCACAGCGGCUUUUGCAAUUAACAGAAAAAAGUGCAAGCUAGCCAAACUGCUACAGUAUAAAAGCCUUUUUCCCUCAGUGCCCAUAGAGCAACAAUAUAUUUUAGAAAAAGAUCAUGGUGCAGCAAACGAACAACGCAGAGAACACGGAAGCAGUGCUUGCCGGAGAGUCCACCGACUCCGGCGCUUCCGAUCUGGGCAUAGCUUGCUCACCAGCGGCGGACUCCGUGGCAUCGGAUGGAGAGAAAACGGACGAGCCAAACUGGUGCAAGACCGCCAGUGGGCACAUCAAGAGACCCAUGAACGCGUUUAUGGUGUGGUCGCAGAUCGAGAGGAGGAAAAUCAUGGAACAGUCCCCGGACAUGCACAACGCGGAGAUCUCGAAGCGCUUGGGGAAGCGCUGGAAGUUACUGAAAGACAGUGAUAAGAUCCCCUUUAUCCGUGAAGCCGAAAGAUUGCGCCUGAAACACAUGGCGGACUAUCCCGAUUAUAAAUACAGGCCGAGAAAGAAGGCAAAAAGUACAAGCAGCAAACCGGGAGAGAAAAGCGAGAAAAUCAACACUAAACCCUCGGCUAAAAAGAACAGUAGCAGCAAUAGUAGCAUUAGCAAGUCCAGCAAAACGCACAAGAUCAUCUUGGGCUCGCUCACCAAGACUCCGACCAUUCACCAGCAUCCGCAGUCAGGCACCACUACUUCAAACACAAACACUAGCAGCCCACACUCGAUUUACAAAGCGCGGACGAGCCCCGCUUCCAAGCACCUUGUAGAUAAGAAACUGAAAGAGAGGCGGUCGUUCGGGGGCCAGGGCAGUAUCUCUUCAGCCGCCGUACCAGCCAGCCCGACCCUCAGUUGUUCAGCCGAGCCCAACGACCCGGUCAGUUUCUAUGAAGAUCUGGCGGGUGGGACAGGGGUGCGGGUCCCCGAUUCGCCAGUAAGUCAGCGCAAACACCCAGGCAAUUUAAGGUCGAUUUCACCGGCGCCCUCCACGACCCACUCCUGUUCCUCUUCGUCUCUGGCCUCGUCUUCCGACGAAGAGUUCGAGGACGACCUUAUGGACCUUAGUUCAAGCCCCACUUUCGAGAGCAUGACACUGGGCAACUUGAGUUCGUCUCUGGACAGAGAUUUGGAGUUUAAUUUUGAGCAGGAAUCGGCGUCUCACUUUGAGUUCCCAGAUUACUGCACGCCAGAGCAUCCCGAGGUCCGGGCCUCCCUGCACCGGUUUCCCCUCGUGCUCUCUGGUGCGGGAACGUAGGGGUACGGCAGCUGCAGCACCCUGCUUCUGAAACCAUUGUUGCUGCUGUCAGACGAAGCUGGCACGGUGAUGAAUGACACUCGGUAUCCCAAUCCAAAAUGGUUCCAGCACCCACCGCGCAGAAGUGAAAUGGCUCUUUCAAGGUCAAACAUUAAAUACUCUGCAUGGGUGACGUUGUAAACUAGACUUCCUCAUUCUGCACAGCUGUCUGCGCCCUUUGUUAUGUUCUAUCAAACCAUCGCUCCAUAAUAUCUCGUCGCUUGUCCAGUUGGGAAUACCAUGUCUCGUCCCUACCUAGACGUUAGAACAAUUGGCACCAGUUUUUCGUGCGCUAACUUGCACAUUCAAUUAACCUGGUUUAGAUCGCGUUUGUGAUUAUUUCCGGGUGAAAUCCUGUCCUUCUAGUAAAUUCGGAAUAAAAGCAAAAUACUGGAAGUAGUCAGCAGGCCAGGCUGCAAUGGCAAAAAGAGGAAUAACUGAACGUUUCUGGUCGACGACCUUCUGUCAAAGCUGAGAGAAGCGGCUCGGUUUUUCGUUGCAGAGAUGACAGGGAAAGGACAGAUAGGAUUCCGGCAGCAGAGUGGAGCCGCGGUUGCUGUGGCGUUAAAUUUGAUGAAACCAUUUGGUAGACAGAUCAAUGCGCAUAUCUUAUAGGGAACGCGCGCGCGCCCUCACACACAGACAAACAAAACAAAAGAAUGUAUAAACACCCUGCAAGACAGCAGUAGCAAAUUUACUCGGGUACUUCUGUGAGCAAGUCAUCCUGAUGUGCCAAAUGUUUUCCUUCUUGCCAUCAGUUGUGCAGCUAAUGACGCCCCAAGACACGCAUUUGCUCCCUUACCAACAUGAACUGGAGCUUUUGGCUUCAGUCUAUGAUAUUCACUAAGUUGUACACUAAGCGAGUUGUACACGUUCGGAGCUCCUGAAAGGGUGGUAUCGGCAGAAACCCUCAUUUAAACAGUACUUGACAAGUCUUGUUCUGCAAUGUAAUGAAUCUGGUUCUGGACGGCAGCUAAUUUUCGAUCAUCUGCGCACUAAAUUGCUUGUUUGUACAUUUUAUUUUCUCUCUAUAUAUUUCUAUACACACCAGAGUCACACGCCACGACCCUGCGUCGCUAUUCAUUUCACAGGUGAGGGAUACUUUUAGCACAGUACUCAGGGCAGACGAUUGCAUAGGGGGGCGGCCACACUCGCAGAGAAGAGACCCUUCCCCCAUUUCUGUCUUUGUGGCUGUCUUGGGGGGUAUUUCUUUAAAUCCUGGCUCUCUCCAAAGUGUCUUUCUUAGCUCUGACAGAAGCUCCCGUCAGGAAUUGCACAAGUCCUGUUUUGGUGCAUAAUUCAAGGUGCUGUUUAUGUUUUUGACUAAUUUCAUGUUGUAUGUGAUGUUAUUACUAUUUGCCCAAAUGGUAUCGGGGUUGUUCAGUUUCAAGUUACUCUAAGCUGUUUGACACGUUACAAUCUCACUUUCAUUUUGACAUAUCUCUUAUUGGCUGGGUUUUCUUGUUUAAAGUUUUAUUUGCAUAAAUCUGUUCACGAAUUGUCCUGAGAACCGAUGACCCUUCGCCCCUGAAUUCCCAGACGGAGGUCAAGUGGGAGGUCCCCAACCCAUUUAAGCUUGGAAAAUGAAUCAGGCCGAGCUUGUCCGGAGAUUCGUAUCGUCUUACGUUUCAAUUCGAGGAGAUUCUGAGAAGGACAAAACGCUUUUUUUUUCCAAGUCUUUAAAGAUUUUCAAACGAUAACCAUAUUGUAGCAAGGACAUAGCCACGGAGCCUGCUUAUUAUUCAAAAACAGUUGGCACGAAGCUGCUGAAAUCGCACUUUCAACUCUAUUACAUGGCAUUGUGACUCGGGUGUGGACGUUCUCUCAAAGGGAACUGGGAGCGAUCUGGUUAGAUUCAGCAGAACCGCAGCUGUGUGCUGAUUCAAACCACUUGAGGACUGUGUAGCCGCCAAGUAGCUCGUUAAAAGUAUUAUUGUGCGUGUCUGUGGAACGCCUAUUCAAUAAACAGAAUAAACCUCCUUUAUUUAAAAGGCCAGUUACUGGGCUUAAGAUAAAGCUCCUUCCCCACAGUCUUGGCACGAAAUGAACAUGCCAAAUAUAUAUUUGAUCCAGUGUGUGUGAGUUUGUAACAGGAGGAUAUAUGGAGGAUGGAGGGAUGUGUAGGGAGGAGGGAUUACAUCACUGUCAACUUUGAACUGGUUCCACAAUCUAUGGACUCACUUUCAAUGACUCUAUAACACAUCCUCAGUUUGUUUGUUUAUCUGUCUGUCUAUCUAUCUAUCUAUCUAUCUAUCUAUCUAUCUAUCUAUUAUUUACACAGUAUGUCUUUUUUUUCAUUGGAUGUUUGUAUUAUUUGUGUGCUGUGGUUAAUUCAUUCAGUUGUACUUCUCAGUUCUGCUGUGGAUGCCUGCAAGAAAAUUAAGCUCAGGGUGACUCUGAUAAUAAAUUACUUUGACUUUAACUCUGCGUGAAAAAGUUGACCCUCAAAUCCCUUUUAAGUCUUU